UUCCAUCUGCGUUUUGCUUUCAAGGUCAUCUUCUUCUCCUUCUUCCUCGUUCUCUGUUGUUCAAACAGAAAGAGAAGAAUCGAAUGGCUUCCCAAAUCCUGAAACGCGCGAUUGGAAGCCGCUCGAGCCCGAUCCUCUCGUCGGGCCACCUCAACCCUAAUUUUAGCUCUAGCUCCGGCUCUCUCCUGUCGUCCAUAGCCAGAGCUUUCUGUUCCCAGGCUCCGAUCCGCGCCACUCUCUUCCCCGGCGACGGCAUCGGCCCCGAGAUCGCCGAAUCUGUCAAGAAGGUUUUCCGGGAGGCUGAGGUGCCAAUUGAGUGGGAAGAGCAUUAUGUUUCAAAAGAAAUAGAUCCUAGAACCCAAAGUUUCCUCACAUGGGAAAGUUUGGAAUCUGUCCGUCAAAAUGGUGUAGGUCUAAAAGGACCAAUGGCCACUCCAAUUGGAAAAGGUCAUCGCUCUUUAAACCUCACAUUGAGGAAAGAACUUAACUUAUAUGCAAAUGUUAGGCCUUGCUACAGUCUUCGAGGCUAUAAGACUCGAUAUGACAAUGUCGAUCUCAUCACCAUCCGGGAGAAUACUGAAGGGGAAUAUAGUGGACUUGAACAUCAAGUUGUAAGAGGCGUUGUUGAAAGCCUUAAAAUUAUUACUCGACAAGCAAGUCUGAGGGUGGCUGAAUAUGCUUUUCACUAUGCUAAGACCCAUGGAAGAGAGAGAGUCUCAGCAAUACACAAAGCCAAUAUCAUGCAAAAAACUGAUGGUCUUUUUCUGAAGUGUUGCCGUGAGGUUGCGGAGAAGUAUCCUGAGAUAACAUAUGAAGAAGUUGUGAUUGACAACUGCUGUAUGAUGCUUGUUAAGAAUCCAGCACUCUUUGAUGUGCUAGUGAUGCCCAACCUUUAUGGAGAUAUAAUUAGCGAUCUGUGCGCUGGAUUGAUAGGAGGGUUGGGUCUGACCCCCAGCUGCAAUAUUGGGGAGGGAGGUAUCGCUCUCGCAGAAGCGGUACAUGGCUCAGCUCCUGAUAUUGCUGGAAAGGAUUUAGCAAAUCCAACUGCCCUGCUGUUGAGUUCUGUCACAAUGCUACGCCACUUGAAGCUUCAUGAUAAAGCUGAUAGAAUCCAAGAUGCCAUACUUAACACCAUUGCUGAGGGGAAGUACCGAACCGCUGACCUUGGUGGCACGUCAACAACCACCGAAUUUACAAAAGCUAUUUGUGAUCAUCUUUGAACAAGUGCAGCAGGAAUUGUUGUUCCUCGACAAAGUCGGAUGUUAUGGGAAUAAGACCACAACUCAUGAAUGACUCAUUCUUCAGUUUGCUUCUAAGCUGCAGAGAAAUGGAAAGGCAUUUGCAAGAACCUACGGCAUUCCCUUGUCACCGGCCUUUUGGUUACACUUUACAUGAACAGGAUAUGAACUAUCAAUUUGGCAUGUCAGAGGGAAACAUGCUUGGUAGCCUCAACUGCUUGUUAUUCUUUUACUAUAUGCUCGUAAUUUUACGAAAUAAAACCUCACAAUGUGGUGCGA